UCUAUAUAUAUGUAGACUUCUUUUAUUACGUGUAGACUUCGAAAGGAUAGAAACGUAAAAUACAUUUAUGUUUUUUGUUUGGUCAUAAGGGUUAAAUAGUACUUUCACUACUCAUUUAGGUUGGUUUUGCAUUUGACUGAAAGUGGGGUACACUUUUACAUUUGACUUGAAUAUUUGGGUUGGUUUUAGCAAAUGUCCCUUAAAUUUUGCACAUGAAAAUAGGGUCAUAUUCUACAAUCCAUUUCUUACUUUGUUAUAAAGUUCCACAUCUGAAUAAAUACUGGAGUAAAAGAAAUUAUAUGAAAAAAGUUAUUGAUCAUCUGACGCAGUACCAAACAAUUUUAAACAAUGCAAUGCAUGAGACUCAAUGACAAGUAGACAAAACAAAACACAAUGUGAGAUAGUAGACUCUCCCCUAAACUUACUUCACAUAAGCUCAAAGAAGAGAUCUAAGGAAAAGACAUAAACAUGAUAACUAAGUAUUUACAAAGGUAGAAUGCACUUAUUUGAAGUUGGCUAUGAUGAGAGAAGGGAAAUGAGGAGGGAGGACUUGUUGUCACCUUGGAAUUUUCGACAUGACCUUUGAGAAUUUUUGAGAAUUCCCCCAAACUUGUCCCUAAGCUUAUUCAAACACACUAAAGCAAGAAAAAGAUAUAUAAAGAUAUAUACUAAGGAUACCAUGGGACUUCCUCUCAAGUGAGCUUAUUUUAAGUCUCUAGCUUGACUUUCCUUCCAAUUGGCUAGUGAAGAGGAGGAUCUUUCCCUCCUUCAAGAGUGAUGGUGAGGACUUGAGAGAGAAGCUCUUGAAGCUUGAUUGGAUCAUCUUGGAGCUGUGGAGUGAUGAUGGCCUUUGCACUUGAGAAUGGUAUAGACUUUUCCUUGCAUUUGAUCUUGUACUCAAUAGCUCCAUCCUUGAACUUCAUUAGGUGAAGAGUAAGAGUGUGAGGCAUCAUAUCAAGAGGUGAAGGGUGAUGUUCUUUCAUCAUCUUCUUCUUGCCAUGAGCAGCCUUUGUGGCUCUACUCACCUCCUCCUUUAUAGCACUUUCCAAGUGCUCAUCACACAACUCUUUAAGGGACUCUCCAGCAAGAGCUUCUUUAUUAAUACCAACCCUUUCAGCCUUGGUCUUCUCAAUGGAGGAUGCUCCACAAGUGAUUGUUCCACAAUACUCAGCAUUCAUCUUUGGAGAUUGUAGUGGAUAGGAGACAGCUUUGUUCACAUUUAGGAGUGUGACCUUCUUGUUGGCAAAGUCUAUGCAAGCUCCCACUUUGUAAGGAAUGGAGUGCCAAGGAUCAAUGAGACUCUCUUCUCAGUUGCCAUCUUCAGAACAGUGAGGUCUAUAGGAAUGGUGCAUGCUCCAAUCUUCAAAGGGAAGUCCUUGAUGAGACCAAUAGGAGUUGUAGAAGAGGAAUCUCCAAAAUGUAGGGAAGAUGUGUUUGGCUUCAUUCUCUCAAUCCCAAGACUCUUCACAAUCUCCAUUGAUAUCACAUUCACACUUGCACCAGAAUCAAAAAGAGCAUCAUCAAGUGUAAACUUACCAAGUGAGCAAGAUAAGGUGAAUUUCCCUUGGGUUUCUAAUUUUGGAAUAGACUUUGGUGUGACUGGUGGAUCAAGCUGCAUAGUAGAGAUGUUUAUGAGCUCUUCCACUUCUUCUUUGUGAGCUAGAAUGUCCUUGAUGAGCAUCAUUUGGACAUGAGCAUCAUGCAUAUUUGAUAUCUGUGGAAGCCUGACUCCUACAUCUCCCAUGUCUUUUCUGAACUUGGAGAUCACGUUCUUCUGAGCUUUAGUGAGGAACCUUUGUGGAAAUGGGAGAUUGUCAUAAGGUGAUUGCUCAACCACAUGAAAUUCUUCUAGCUGAAUCUCCUUCAAUUGCGUGACAGCUUUCCCAAUAACCGGUUUCUCAGCCUUGUGUCUAAGUGGUUGUAAAACCAUUCCCUCAACCUUCUUUACAGUUUGUAUCUCAACCCUUUCCACAAUCUUGUGUUCAACCUUCUCCACAAUCUGUGCUUCAGCCUUGGCAACAACUUAUGUUCCAUACAUGAGUCUUUCAAUCUGAUCUACCUCUUUCUCAUGAUCACUCAACUCAAUCUCAGAAGUAGUAGAGAUGAUAGCAUUGCAAUAAUCUUUGGGAUUCUGCUCUGAUUUUCCUGGUAGAGAGCCCAUUGGGCUCUUGGAGGUUGAAGGCAUAGAGGCAAACUGAUUCUCCAAAGCCUUGAAGUGAGAGGAGAGUUGUAGGAACUUGUUGUUGAGGUCAUUGUAGCUUCCAUCAACUUUGGUGUGAAGGUUUUGCAGCUCAUAUCCAAUGUGCUUCUCACUUCUAGUUUGAGACUCCAAGAUCUGUUUCAACAUUGCAUCAGUGCUACUCUCUUGUGGAGCAGAGGUAAAAGAUCCGGCUUGGCUUUGUGUAGACUGAUUUCCUUUGGAGGAGAGACCAUGAGAGUAGUUUUGUCUAGCUUGGUAACCACCUUGUUGGUUGUUGUAGAAAGGCUUUUGUUGGUAGUUGUUGUACUGAAAGUUAGGCUCCUUCUUGUAUCAUGUCCCAUUAGCAUUCACAAAACAUAGCUCUUCUUGACCUUCUAGACCAUCAACUUCAUGAACCACAACUAUCUCCUCUUGUUUCUGCUCACCAACAAAGUUCACUUUCUCUUGUGUGGCUCUAUCCGAAAGAAGCAAAUCCAUCUUAUCUUGUAAAGCUUUCAACUCUCUCUUUGUGUUUGUAUCAUCACCUCCACUGUCUCUGUUAUUUCUAUCAUGCUCAUCACUGUAGACUCAAUCACUUUGAACCAUGUUCUCUACAAGCUCCUCAGUCUCUACUUCAUUUCUUCCCAAGAAGAAACCAUUGCUAGCAGUAUCAAGCCGGCUUCUAUACUUGGGUAAGACACCUCUGUAGAAAGUACUAAGCAAGCUCUCUUUGGUGAAGCCAUGGUGUGGACAUUGGUUUAAGAAGCCUAUGAACCUCUCAUAUGCUUCCCCAAUGUCUUCAAGAUUCUUUUGUUGAAACCCAGAGAUUUCAUUCUUAAGCUAGGCAGUCCUUGAAGUAGAGAAGAACUUGGUGAGGAAAGCUUUCUUGCAUUCAUCCGAAGUGGUGAUAAAGUCACUUGGGAUGUUCUUCUCCCAUGUGUGAGCUUUGUCUCCCAAGGAGAAUGGAAACAAUCUCAGCUUGAAAGCAUCUUCAGAAACACCAUUGAUCUUGUACAAGCCACAAUACUUAUCAAAUCUGUCCAAAUGGUCAAGUGGAUCCUCCAAAGCAAGACCAUGGUACUUGUUGUUCUCUAUCAUGUUGAUCAAGCUGGAUUUGAUCUCAAAGUUGUUGUUCUCCACAGCUGGUGCUCUGAUGCCCAUCAUGUUCCCAUGGAUAUUAGGCUGAUCAUAAGUACCAAUGGCUCUAGCUUGGCGCUGUGGAUGUUGUUGCUGGCUCUAUGGUCUAAAAGGAUCAGCUCUUGGAUCAAUGCCUCCUUGGGCAUCACCAUCUUGAGGCAGAUUCUCUAUAUCAAACCCCAACUUUUGCAAGUGAGCCUGUUGCUCCACUUCUCUUCUUUGUCUUGCUAUCUUCCUCUCAAGUGCUCUAAUGUCUUCAACUCUUGGAACUAGGUUUGUUGGACCUCUUCUCCUUGUGUUCAUACACCUGAAAUGCAAAUGGAGAAGAACAAAGAGAAGCAAUAACACAAUUAAAUAAAAACAGACUUAGUCUCAAGCAAAUGACUAAAUCUCAAUGUCACAAUCAACUUAGAAUUUGGCAACGGUGCCAAUUUGAUGUUAGGAGUUUCAAGGCUCCUAAUCAAAUGUUGUAGAAUAAAGGAUGUCAAACCAGUUCUAAGUGAUUCUAAAGCAAAGGGAAUGCAAGACCAUGCUUAAUCUAAGUGCUAUCAAUUGGUGAGAUGUUUUUGAACUAGAGAACUACUAAAAUGCAAUAAAGGAUAAAGCUUUCUUUACUAUGAGAUGGGAGAACUCAUGGGCUAAGGGAAUAGACUUUGGGUGAUCAAGUUUCAAUCUAAAGGUGUCAACUUUCAACCAAUCUAUCUACCUUAGACCUAGACACAAUCCUAAACAAACUCUAUCUCUAGAUGAAUGCUCAUUUACUAAGAUAACUCAAGUAUCAAAUCCCUUUGGUUGAAUGUUAUCUAAGUAAUCAUUAAUUUCAAGUCUACUAGUCAUCUUAACACCUUUAACAACAAAUCUCUUUGGUAAAGAAUGUUAAAAGCUUAGGAGAGUUGGUUCAGGCAUUUCAUCAAACAUCUUCCGGAUAUGAAAUGCCUAGAGCUCAACUUUAGAGAGGCCAACUCUAAAGUUGCAUUAAAAGCACUCUACUAGCAAGGAACAAGAUGGAUCUAUACUAAAACACCUUAGAUCUAGCUUAAUCACCCUUAGUCUCCCUAACCCAUGAACCCAAAGAUGACUACUCACUACUCUUCAUGAUGAGCCCAAUAAUCAAAGAUGAUUUGGUGCUAAUCAUGAUUAGUGAUCAAGAUAAUCAAGCAAUCACAAGAGAAAAUGAUCAAGAUAAGAUCUUUCACCUAAAAGUUCUUUUGUGAUUAGAUAGAAAAUAAGAUAUCCCCUAAAAUUAGGUCUAAAAAGUACUUAUAGUGGCCUAAAAACGAGCUGGGUCGAUCCAACAAACAUGGAUUGACCCAAGAUAAUUUGGGUAAAAAGUUGGUAAAAACAGAAGUGCAGAUUUUUCUAAGUGUCGCAGCUGGUUUUCGACACACGUCUUCAGGCCGCUGCAACAAGUACAUAUGGGGCAGGGGCGUGUGCAUUUUCCCAGCGGUUUGGCUUGGCCGCUGCAUUUGGCCGCUGCAUUUGGCCGCUGGGGCAGUUGGGAACUCGUCUUAUGAACCAAAAUCACCAUUCUUGUCUCUAAACCAUCUCCAAAGGUUUCAAAUUCACCAAAUAGCAUCUCCAUCACUUAAUAGAGACAAAUGUAAUGCAAUGCAACCUAAUUGAACUCUAAAUGCAUCUAAAUGACCAAUAAAAGAACUAAAAUGAAGCUUAAAAUCAUAAGAUAUCACUGAUCUUGAUGAGAACGAACAUGAUUCAGAAUGAUGUAAUCUAUGUAACAAAUGUUGUUUUUCUUUUUCAUUUUCUCAUUUUAAUGUAUGUGUAACAAAUGUUGUUUUUAUUUUUAAUUUUCUCAUUUUAAUGUAUGUGUAACAUAUGUUGUUUUAUAUGAUAUGUUUUCUUUUGGUUUUAAAAAUUUAAUUUGGAGUUUAGGGUUUAAGUUGGAUAAAGAGAUAAAGAGGAAGAAAAUGUAAAGAAGAAGAUGGUGUUAUAAGAUAAUAACUUUGGGGUUUAGGUUUUCAGGUUUCGGGGUUUAGGGUUAAGCCUCGUAAAGUCGUCGUUAACAAAAACAGGAGCCUGGUAAAUUUGUCGUAAAUGAAAAAAGCAUGAGCGUUCCACAUAAAAUUUGUCGUAAAUUUUCCACGUAAAUUCGUUGUAAAGUUAAAAACACGGGCCUAGAAAAUUCGUCGUAAAUGAAAAAAGUGGGCCUGGUAAUUUCGUCGUAACUGAAAAAACGCGGGCCUGGUAACUUUGCCGUAACUGUACGACGUCUUUACGAGGAAUGUCUUUUCUUAUAUAUAGGUGACGCCAAUGAACGAGCAAACUCGUUCAUUCCUCCCAAAUCCCUCUCCACUCCUCUAAGGUAACCUUUCCCUCUCUCUAAGUUUUUUUUUUAAAAAAAAUUGUUUAGUUUUAGGUGGUUUUUUAAACCAAAUUGUUUAGUUUAAGUGGUUAGUAUAGGUAAUUAGUUUUAGGUAGUUAGUAUAGGUAAUUAAUUUAAGUGGUUAGUAUAGGUAAUUAGUUUAGGUGGUUAGUAUAGGUACUUAGUUAGGUAUCAGAAUAAUAUUUUUAAAUUAUGUCGUUAAUGAUAAAACUAACUGUAAUUUUAAAAAAAAAUUUAGAUGGGUCCUAGAAGAAAGCCAGCUGCACCUACUUACUCUCAGAUGUUUCAUUAUGGUGUCAGGACAUCUUCUUCCGGUUCAUCAUCUUCCGAGGCAGUUCCGGACUCUCAGACAUCUAAGAGAGUUUCUUGGAGUCCUCCUCCUCCUGCACCUCAUAUGCCUCCACCACCUCCUCCUCAAGCCGCUGCACCUCAGCCUGUCCUAGCAGGUGCAGUUCCUCCAGAUUUGUGUGUGCCUCCAUCUGCCCCAUACUCGAGAUAGACAGUGGAGGAUUUUCUCGCCCAGCCUGGACGAGAGGGCUUGGAUAUUCUGGAUCCCGAUAAACCGCCGGAAACUUAUUGGUAACUUAUUACUUUUUAGUAUAUUAAAUUUAAUUUUUUUUUAACAAUUAGGUUCUCUUUUCAGGUUUGGGGCCAACAACCGUGUUGGCCGGAGUGUGUCGGAGACGAUCAAGGGCUACUACGACGGAGCCUACCCGAAUUGGAGCAAGACUCCAGACCACGUUAAGACGACUUGGUUUAAAUGUUUUGCGGUAAUAUAUUUUUAAGAAAAAUCUAAUGAAAUAUUUACAUCUAAUUAUAUAUUUAUUUUAAUUUUUUCAAAAUUUUGUUUGUUCCAGCAAAGGUGGCACUGGUCCUUGGGAAUCACCGAGAGGGUGAAGAGGGAGUUCGUUGCAAAGGCAAAGACCCGUCUUUGUAAUACCGUCUCCGAUUGGAAGGACAAGUGGGAGAUUUACGGUUAUGACGGACUCGAAGGAAGUAUGGGAUGAUCUCAUCGCCUUUUGGAAGCUACCCUCUUCGAUCCGUAAGGCCAACUCGUGCUCCGCUUCCCGAAGAACGAAGGACAAAGAUGGUCAUUUGCCCAUGGUUAACAGAAUCGGACAAAAGCCUCACCCCGGAAUCCGUCUAGAAGCUGUAAGUUGUUUCUAAUAUUUAUUUUGAAUUUUUAAUUAAUUUAAAUUUAAUUUUUAUUUUUAUUUAAUUUUUUUGUUUGUAGUAUGGGUAGAGGGUAGUCUUACCAUCUCUGUCUGUUCUAUUCAAGAUGACUCACACCACAUCAGACGGAAUUUUGGUGGAUCCGGCAUCCGAGAAACUCUUCAAUGCAGUGGCUUCUCGGGUGUAAGAGCGGGAGACGCAAUUAACCCAGCAGUCUCCCGAUGGAUUACCCGUCAAACUGACCACCGAAGAGAUCGACAGGAUCUUCGAAGAGGUAAAACUUUAUAAAUUUAUUGAAAUAAAUUUAAGUAUUUAAUAAAAUUUAACUAUAUUAAUAUGUUUCUAUAGGUGGCUCCUAGAAAGAAGGGACCGACAGUGAGCAUAGGUUCUGUUAACGAAGUUGCUAAGGCAACUUCUUCAUACGCUUUAAGACGGUAUGAAGAGAACACUCAGAUGAGAGCUCGGACCAAAAGGAUCGUUUAGACUCUCUUGAGGAUCUGCUGGACGUGAUGGUGGUGGGAAACCCGACUAUGCAGCGAGCACUAAAUGAGAGACGAGGAGCUCUCAAGAUGCCAAUACGGAAUCCCGAAGAUUCUGAUCCAGACCGUUCUCAACCGAGCACCGCCACCGACUACUUUGAUAAUAUGUAGUAGUUUUUUUGUUUCGUUUUGUAUUAUGAAUUUAAAUAUUAUGUUAUGACUUUUAAAUAGUUUUAAAAAAUAUAUUUUCAUUUUCAUAUUUUUUUUAUAUUUAAAUUUUUUAAAAUUUCAAAUUUUAAAUAAUAUUUUUAUUUUAAUUUAAUAUUAAAUGGUAAGAAACGAUGUAAAUUCGUUGUAAACUUUAAAUGGAAUUUACAACGAAAUCCUCGUAACAUUGUCGUAACGUUUAUGUGGAGCUUACAUGAGCAGCAUUGUAAGAUCCUCGUAAAUUUUACAUGGAGUUUACAUCGAAAUAAUACGAGUACUUUACAUCGAAAUAAUAUGAGUACUUUACGACGAAAUGUUACGUCUCGUUUACACGAAUUGUUUCCUUCCAUUUUACGAGGAAAUCAUUCCUUUUAAACGUUAACACGUGUUUACGACGAAACCUCCGUUACGACGGAUGUUUAACAACGAAACGGUUUUCGAUGUUAAUUCGUCGUAACAUCCCUAUUCCGACGAAUUUAUAAGCAAUAUUGCUCUCGUAACAAAUAUGUUUUCUUGUAGUGAAACUUUUAAACCAAAAAUAGAAACUGAAACAAUCAACCUAGAUUUUAGAUUCUUUUAAAAUACCUACAAAUUAUUAAAAAAUUGUUUUAUUCUGUCUAUAUCAGUUCAUCAGAUUCUUUUUUUUUUUGUAAUCAUCUGAAGGUUUGGGUCGCCUGGUCCCCAUGUCCGAAACCACUUCAUGUGAAUAUUAGAGUCGGCACAUCGGUUCAGUUCUAUCAAAAUUUCUCAAGGUAAAUACUAAUAUAAAAUUUCUCAAUUGGUGAAGAUGGUUUCGGAAUCAGAAGAAUGACCAGCAUUCGAAAUCUAUUUGGAAGAAAUCAAACUUCUCAAAAGAAGUUUCCUCAACUCAGACAUCGUCCAUGUACCUCGGACGGCGAACCUUCGGGCGGAUAGCUUAGCACGCAAUGCUAGGAAACAAUUGUCUUUUGUUGUUCACAUGGCUGCGGAGUUACCGACUUGGUUUACAGAGUCAACGUGAGUCUGUAAAUUUUUUGCUGUCAAAAAAAAAAAUACUAAUAUAAAAACCAAAAAAAAAAAGAUACAGUAAAAAGGUAGAGAAUCGGUUGUGUGGAAAAAAAAACUAUUUUCCCUUGCUUAUUUUACCAAUUCUACACGAGUCUUCGUAACAAAUUUUAAUAAAUCUAUACUAUUAUUUGCGAAGUAAUUUUUAGCAACAGAGCUCUCACGUUGAAAGUUAGAGUGGUUAAUAUCUAUACUACCUUUAAUGAAUUUUAUAUAUUAUUAAUUAUAUAAUCAAAAACUAAUUUUUAUUAAUAAUAUUAACUUUAAAAAAAAAGAUAAUUCUUAUAUAUUGUGUUGUUAUCUUAAAACAUAUAUUUCAAUUAUAAAAUCUAAAAAUAAAAUAUAGAACAAUUAUAAUAAAUUAAGUAGUUAAAGUCAAUGUUAUCCUUAAUAAAUUUUAAUUAAACAUAUAUAUUUAAUUAGAUUUUUGUUAUAUAUAUAUGUUAGAUUUAAUUUUUUGAAAACAUCAAUAACAAUUAUGCUGGUUUUUGAAUUAAUUAAAAAUAAACUAAUAAAUAUUCGUAAAGCGAUUAAGCCCGUAUAUGCAGGCAAGACACCUAGCUUAAUUUUAAUUACAAAACUGUUUCAGUUUAAAGAACUUAUCACUAAUGAUGCUCUUAGUUUAUCUUGUAUUCUUGGACUAUUUUAGUCCUUCAAAUUAUUUAUAUAAAACUAAUAUGUAGGAUUUGAUUAGUAAGAGAUGUGGUUUCAAUUUUCGAGUGUAAAAUUAUAAUUGUGUAUUUUUUGUUUUGCUUUUAGAUUUUUAUUUCUUAACGAUUUUUAGAUUUGGACUGUACGUAUUUGUCUCCGUACAACAACUAUAAAUAUGUGAAUUUAUAGAAGAAUUGUGAACUUUGAAAAAAAAUACAAAUCAAAACUAGUGUAGAUUUAGAAAUCUAGGUGUACUGUAUAUGUGGAGAGCAUCGACAGACUACAACAAUAACCAAUCAUUUUUUUUAAUGAUACCAUCAUACUGUAGUCUAACUAAUAUAUAUUAUAUUUGAAAUAUUCAUGUUUCAUAUUCUAAUUAAUAUUUUUGAUUUAAAAUUAAAACAUAAAUUUUAAUAUAAAAGUAUAAAUGAUGAAAUUUCGUUUGGAAAGUAAACAAAACUUUAAAUUAGUUAAAGAAAAUUAAAGUAAAACACAAAAUAAGUAUUUAAUUCUUCAAAUAGAGAGGACUAGUAAAUAAUUUUAUUAAAAGAAAAUGUCAGGAAUUGAGGUAUUUAAUAACACAUUGAUUUGUAAGUUUAUUGUUAGUGAAAAAUAUAAUUUUCUUUUACAACGUCCUUAAAUAUUUUUUUUUAAUUCUUUUUGAUCAAUUUUUUUCUUUUUGAUCGAUCAAAGAAAAUUAAGUGAGAUGACUAAACAAAAAACCAAAAUUCAUUAUCUAACCAAAAUCAUACCUUCUCUUAUCUUUUCUCUUCCUAUCUCUCUCUACAUUUUCUCUUUAAAACUAAUUUGACUUUUUUCUUUGGUUAUAUCACAAAUAAGCCCUUUGAUCAAUGUUCAGACAAAAGUUUUUUUUUGUAUCAAGUUUCCAUGAAAAUGAAACAGGCUGGGUGAGUUAGACCACAAUUAUCGGGAGUAAAAAGAGGAGUUUUAAGUGGUAGACCCCAUAUUUUGAGUUAAAAACGGUGAUAGAAAAUAUGAAAUAAGGAUUUACUUUUGUCUGAUAUUUAUACUGUUUGCGGAUCCCACUGACACGUGGUGACCCACGAUUGGUUCAUUUUUUAAUUUUUUUUUAAUCAGAGAAAACAAAAAAAAAAAUUAAGAAACCCAAAAUACAGAUUUACCGAUAAUCAUGGCCUUAUGGGUUUAGAUCCAGGACCCGGCAUGACGCAGGAGCUGACGUAAAUCUCACAUUUUGUUUCUUAAAAGUCCGGAAAAUUAAAUCAAAGUUCAUUAUUUUAGAAAAAUGUGACGAAAGAAGAAAUUGGUCCACGCCCCAAACCCUUUUUAUAGGAGAGUCUAAUGUUCUGGCAGAAGACUUCACAAUCUCUUUCUCUCUCUCUAAACCAAACCCAAAAAAAUCUUUACAUCUCUACCUUUUAACAAUCUUUCUCCUUUCGUUAAUCUCGCGAUCUUCUUUCUUCUUUUUAUGGACAUAGGAUGGUUUGGUCUCACUCUUGAUUCAUCUUCUCUUGAUCUCGUAAUACCUAAAUGUUUCAAAAGUAAUAAUACUCAUCGCCGCUUCUCGACUCCGUUGACGAUGUCUACAGCUGGAGAUGACGUUGACGAUAACAAGACCAAAAUAUCCAACGCCGCCAGAGAUUUUAGGUUUCCAGUGAGUCUUUCUGGUAUCUGUGACCGUCAAGAUAAUGAUCUAUCGAGUGGCGUCGCCGGUGAAAACGAUUGUGCAGUUCCCGGCGAAGUUGAUUUUUUCUCCGACGAGAAAUCUAGGGUUUGUUACGUAGAGGACGCUGGAUUUCGUGUUAAAAAGGAGGUACAAGAUGAUCGAACGGACGUAAAUACCGGUUUGAAUCUUCGAACCAGGAGUGAUCAAUCAGUGACCGACGACGAAGAAUCUUACGAAAUGGAAGAUAAGUGUGCAAAAAAUGAGUCAAUUAAGUUACAAGAUGAGCUAAAGAAAGUGACCAUAGAGAACCAAAAGCUAAGAGAAUUGCUUACACAAGCGAGCAAUAGUUACACUUCACUUCAGAUGCAUAUUGUUUCAUUAAUGCAACAGCAGCAAAAACAACAGAACAAGGCAAUAGAGGCUACUGAAAAUCAUGAGGAGACUAUAGUACCAAGGCAGUUCCUCGAUCUAGUCCCUUCCAGAGCACCUGGCGAGGCUGAGGAUGUGUCAAAUUCUUCAACGGAAGAUAGAACUCGUUCAGGCGGUUCUUCUGCGGCCGAGAGGCGUAAUAACGAGGUUAGGGACGGAAAGAGACUUGGACGUGAAGAAAGCCCCGAAACCGAGUCUAACAAAGUUCAGAAAGUGAAUAAUAGUAGCCCAACCACGUUUGAUCAACCCGGAGAAGCUAUCAUGAGGAAAGCUCGUGUCUCCGUUCGUGCCCGCUCGGAAGCUCCUAUGAUAAGCGAUGGAUGUCAAUGGAGAAAGUAUGGCCAGAAGAUGGCAAAAGGAAAUCCUUGUCCACGGGCUUAUUACCGUUGUACGAUGGCCACGGGAUGCCCCGUUCGCAAACAAGUUCAACGUUGUGCGGAAGACAGAUCGAUCCUGAUAACGACCUACGAGGGAAACCACAACCAUCCAUUGCCGCCAGCAGCAGUGGCGAUGGCUUCCACAACCACGGCCGCGGCUAACAUGUUACUAUCCGGGUCAAUGUCUAGUCACGAUGGGAUGAUGAACCCUACGAAUUUACUAGCUAGGGCUGUUCUUCCUUGCUCGACAAGCAUGGCCACAAUCUCGGCCUCUGCUCCGUUCCCUACCGUCACCUUAGACCUCACCCACUCACCUCCACCUCCUAAUGGUUCCAACUCCUCCCCUUCGACAGCGGCCGCUAACAACAACAACCACCACAACUCAUUGAUGCAGCGGCCGCAGCAACAACAAAUGACGAAUAUACCCCCGGGUAUGUUACCUCAUGUAAUAGGUCAGGCAUAGUAUAACCAAUCCAAGUUCUCGGGGUUGCAGUUUUCCGGUUGUGCUCCAUCAGCUGCCUUUUCGCAGCCCCACGCUGUGGCUAAUACAAUAACAGCACUCACCACUGAUCCGAACUUCACGGCAGCUCUUGCAGCUGUUAUUACUUCUAUGAUCAAUGGUUCGAAACACCAUGAAGGCGAAGGAAACAACAAAAAUCAAUAGAAAAUAUCACAUACAAAUUUUUUUGUUUUUUUAUAGUCUUCAUUUUUUUCAAACUGGAUUAAUAGGAAAUAGAAAGUUUAUUUCAUUGUUUCAUAUUUCUUCUGCUUGGUAUCAAACUUCCAGUAAAUAUAUAAAAGAGAAACACUUUAGUUUAAAGUAAUACUAGGUGUUUUGCCCGCACAUGCGGGCAUAAUCAUCUUACGAAUACUUAUUAUUUUAUCUCUUAUUAAUCUAAAAAUCGGCAUUAUAUAAUUGUAAUUGGUGAACAUGUUGAAGUAAAAAAUUAUGGUGAAUUCUUUGUUCCUCAAAAUUUAUACCAGUUAUGUUGAAAUUUUAGUCAAAUACUAUGCAAUUUUGAUAAGGAACAAAUUGAACAAAAAUUCAUAUUUUUUUAUAUUUUUUCAAUUCUUCUAAUGAAAUUUUAUUUUUUAUUUUGUUCAUUUUUUUCAUUCUUCUAGGGAUGACCAACUGAAGCUAUAGUGUUUCACGGAUUAAACUUAAACUGGUUUAAUGUAAAAGCAAGAAAAUUUAUUUUGAACUCAGUCACAAGUUAAGUUAUUAUUUAUGAUUUUAAAUAGUUAAAUCAAACAUCAAAUUAUUUAUACAUGUCAAAAAACGUUCAUCAAACUAUGUACUUAUUAUUGUGUUAAAAGUUUUAAAACACUCAUAUAUUAGAAAUAGUUUAGAAAAUAUCUUUAUAUAAAUAUUUUUGUUGGACUAAUAUUUAAUUAUAAACUAUUUUAUAUCUUAGUUUUUUAACUUUAUAAUAAACAAUAUUGUUUUCAUAUAGCAACACAAUAUAUAUAAGAAUUCUAUUAAUUUUUAAAUAUAUUUUCACAAUUUUAUUAUAUUAGUUUAUAAUUAAUUAUUUAAUAUAACAUAGAAAUUUAAUAUUAUUAAAUAAAAUGUGUGUUUUAUUAUAUAAAAAAUUCAUUACGGGUUUUGUGAAAAUUAAUAAAUACUAAGUUAAAAACAAAUAAUAAGUCAAUGACCUAUAUAAAAGCUUAAAACCUAAUAGAAUAUGACAAAUAAGAAAAUAAGAAUUUUAAUAUAAAAUAUAGAUUUAAAUAUUAUUAAAUCAAAAUUAUUUUUUAAUCAUAUAUAAAAUUCAUUACGGAUAUUUUUUAAAUUAAUAAUUUAGUGAUUCAGCUAAAAAUUAUUAAUAAAUCAAUGACUAAGUUAAAACCUAAUAAAAACAUGACAGAUAAGCAAAAU